UAACUACGCCCACGCGCAAGGACGUGGGCACGCAACGUCUCUGGAGGGAAAGCGGAGCAGAAGAGCGAAACAUGGCGACAUCGAAUAAUCCGCGGAAAUUUAGCGAGAAAAUCGCUUUGCAUAAUCAGAAACAGGCAGAAGAGACAGCAGCAUUCGAGGAAGUGAUGAAAGAUUUGAGUAUUACCCGAGCAGCGAGGGUGCUACAGAGAGAAUAUUCCAAGGACCACCAAAGCCUUCUGGCCAACAACCUGCAAUCUCUCCAGAGUAGAGAAGUAAGCUCUGCUGGUGGUGAGUCUGCUGGGCCAUGGAACUCUAGAGCAGCACGUGUAAAAACCUGCCACCCUGUUGUCAGCCAUCAGCAGACAGUUAGUUCCCUGAGGAAGGAUGCAACUGUGAAGGCUUUUCCAUGGCCAAAUGUAGGGGGGAGGGGGUUGAUCCCCAAAUGCAAUAAAGUUUUGUAGUUUUGUCUACUCAUGUUCUUUAAAAAAACGUUUAAAAACAA